AUGGACUAUGGCAAGAGCCUGAUUUAUCACUUAUUGCCGGAACUUUUCAAGAUUGAGUCCAACACAACCCCGGUUGUUAUUGUUGUUUCGCUACUGAACAUAAUACAGAAAGAUCAAUUGGCCACGCUAGCAACUCAUAAUAUUCCAACAUGUCGCUAUAAUAUCAAAACUAAGACAGACGAGGCUUCAGAGGGAGGUCCAGUGUACGAGGUAGAUUCGGGUGUUGGUCUGGACACUGUCAUCAAUGGCCAGUUUCAGAUAGUUUUAUGUCACCCAGAGGCUCUGCUGAAUACCAAAGAUAGCCAAAAUUUGCUGGAUAAUGACAGUUUCCGCAACCAUGUUGUUGCUGUUGUAAUUCAUGAGUGUCAUCUGUUAGAGAAAUGGGGAGAGGAAUUCAGAAAGGCAUUUGAAAAGCUAGACAGUCUUAAUGUUUUCUUUCCCAAUAUACUGUUUGCUGCAUUAAGUGGAACAUAA